AUGACUGAUUACGAUCUUGAGUUAACCUACCGUGAGGGGUGGGUCAAUUUAGUUGUUGAUGCUUUGAGCUGGAACUCUGCUAUACAACCUUCGUUUUUCAAAGAAAUUCUGAGUUUGCGAGAUAAGGACCCCAAACUGGUGAAGUUGAAGGAGCAAGCUCGUGCGAAAUUGCCUAUAGGGGAACCGAGUUUGAAAGAGCGCAUUUCGGACGAAGCUCAUAAUUCAAGGUUUUCUGUUCAUCCUGGGGGCAAUAAAAUGUAUCAAGAUCUUAAGCAUAUGUUUUGGUGGUUGUUGAUGAAGAAGGACAUUACUGAGUAUGUUUCACGCCGUUUGACAUGUCAAAAGUGGGAUGUUAUACCGAUGGACUUCGUUGUGGGGUUGCCUCGAAUGAUGUCGGAAAAUAAUGCCUUGUUCAUAGGAGUGGAUCGGUUGAAUAAAGUUGCAAGUUUCAUUCCUAUGAACUACCAUUUAGAGAUGGAACAAGUUGCUCGUGCUUAUGUUAAGUAUGUUAUAAGAUUUCAUGGUGUGCCCGUACAUUUGUGUCUAAACGAGAUACUCAUUAUCUGUUACAUUUCUGGAAGACAUUAUAACAGGCUUUGGGGACUAUGUUGUUGUAUAUUCGAUGUACUGAAUGAUUUUAAUGAAGCUGCUACUUUGGGGACAAGAUUUGUUACUCCAAAUAACUAA